AUGCCUGAGAACGAAGCGGAUUUCGAAAGGUUUCUGUCAGAAGAAGCUUUGAAGUAUGACUUUGAGUCACUGGAAGUCGUGCUCUCAGGUGGAUUCGAAGAUGAGUCUCGAGUAGAAUCCACUGUCAAGGAUCGUGACCUCAUCCACCUUAGAGCGACACAUGAGAAAACUGACACAAGGUUGGUUCUUCAUACAGUUCUGGCAGACGCCGAAAAUGUUGUUGUUUCGGUCAGGGAUACCGAUGUUAUUUUGCUUUCCUUGCACUACUUCUCGAAAAUGAAAUGUUCAAAGGUGUGGAUCAUGAGUGGUACAGCAAUAGAUCGCAGAUUCAUGCCAAUCCAUGACGUCUGUGAUAGAUUGGCACCUGGGCAAGUCAUUCCAUGCCAUUACUGGAUGUGA